AUGGCAGCAUCCCGGCCUUAUCAACCUCCGACUCCUGACCCUGCAGUCUUCGCCGGCUGGGAGCAGUACCCAGCUAACCUACAGAACUACGAUCCAGUACAAACCCGAGGUAUCCAAUUGAAUCGCCAAAUCACGAACGUUGCUAGCGACUUAUUUGACCAAUAUAUCAGAGUGCGAGUCAUCGACAUAGUUGAACAAGGAGGUGCUUUGACUUGCAGGCGAGAUGUUUAUACCGAUGCAGCUGCAUUGAGGGGCGUCAUCUCACCGAAAGCGAACCCACGAAUCAGAAUUAUAUCUAUAAACCAGAGUGGUUCCAUCACUCCCCUGCAAAUCACGAAAGAGUUGAUGCUCCAAAUAUUGACACGAUAUCAAGUGUUGCCGGAGUUCCUAGAGGUCCUACUCUCGUUUGGGUCCAUCCCUCAUGUUGCAGAAGCUGGCAACAGCAACUUAGCAGUUGUUGAAUCUGACGGCGGAACGAAACAUACCUCAUACCAGUUUAGAUACGCUGAAGAGAAUCACACUCCGCUAAAGCCACCUUGGUCGAUCCGCCAAACGGGCGUCUACCACCAGCACAAUACUCAAUUCGACCUCUGGAUUUUGCUGAAUCCAGUCGGAGGCAGUUCUCUUGAAAGGCAGCUGGAAGCACUCGAGAGAUUUCAGAGUUCCGAAACAUUGAAAAAGAUCACUCGUAACCCAUUCCGACUGCAUCAUCUAGUGUUUGAUGCAUAUAUCCGUAAUUGGCGUUGGCAUAUUCGAUAUCUUGGGGAGAAGUUUGAAGAGAAGAGUGAUCUGGCAUUCGUCUUCGAUCCGAACCUAGCAUCAUAUGCUGUCGUGAGUUUUGACGCGGUCCAAGUGCUGAGAGACCUACACGAUGACGUUAUGGCCUUAAGCGCACAUUGCAACGGAGAUUUGAAAGUUAUUAGGGUUUUGAGGAGGCAACAGAUGAUCAAAGCAGAUAUCCUGUCGCUAGAAACAUUCUCGACAUUACUUGAAGGAUACAAUGAAAGCUUGAAGGUUUUGCAGAACCGAGUUCAGAAUACUGUUGAACUGAUUGCGUACGCGCUUGACACCAAAAAGCAAGAUGCAGCAGCCAAACUCAAUGAGCAUAUAGCAGGUUUGACAACAGAGACAAUGGACGAUAAUGCCACGGUGAAAUUAAUAACAGUAUUCUCGUUGAUCUACCUGCCCGGCAGCUUUGUAGGAACAUUUUAUGGAAUGAAUUUCUUUGGAUAUAACAGCAAAACCCGAAGAAUCGAGAUUGGGAAAAACUUCUGGAUUUAUGUUAUGACAUGGAUUGGACUAACACUGGUUACGAUAAUCUUUUAUCGAUUACUCCGGAUGAGGCACGAUGCCCAGAAGAGGAAGACCCAUCGUUUGCCAUUGGUGUCCACGAAAUGGGCAUCUGAACCAUAA